UCUCUAGUUGCUUCGUACAUCGUGCAUGCGUAAAGUCUCUCUGGUAGUGUACAUAUUUUAUCGGGAAAUAAUACCUUGAGCUCAUCGCAGGAAGAAAAGUGGAAUACGCUUUAUGUGUUGCGCAUCUACGAAUUUCUCGAAGGCAGUCACGUGAUCAAAUCCCGCCAAUUUCCUCUCCUUUUCCCGCGAUGUGCCGCAAGAACUACUUCCCGCAAAUUCGUCUCGAUGUAUCAUCAUUCAGUGUAAUUGCUCUUCAUAUAUUGAGCAUCUAUAAACAUUAGUUUGUCGAAGGCAGUCACGUGAUCAGUCGAAAGAUCCCGCCAACUUCACGUUCUUCCUUCUUUUUCUGCGAUGUGCCGCAAGAACCACUUCCCGCAAAUUCGUCUCGAUGUAUCAUCAUUCAGUGUAAUCGCUCUUCAUAUAUUGAGCAUCUAUAAACAUUAGUUUGUCGAAGGCAGUCACGUGAUCAGUCGAAAGAUCCCGCCAACUUCACGUUCUUCCUUCUUUUUCUGCGAUGUGCCGCAAGAACCACUUCCCGUAAAUUCGUCUCGAUGUAUCAUCAUUCAGUGUAAUCGCUCUUCAUAUAUUGAGCAUCUAUAAACAUUAGUUUGUCGAAGGCAGUCACGUGAUCAGUCGAAAGAUCCCGCCAACUUCACGUUCUUCCUUCUUUUUCUGCGAUGUGCCGCAAGAACUACUUCCCGCAAAUUCGUCUCGAUGUAUCAUCAUUCAGUGUAAUCGCGCUUCAUAUAUUGAGCAUCUAUAAACAUUAGUUUGUCGAAGGCAGUCACGUGAUCAGUCGAAAGAUCCCGCCAACUUCACGUUCCUCCUUCUUUUUCUGCGAUGUGCCGCAAGAACUACUUCCCGCAAAUUCGUCUCGAUGUAUCAUCAUUCAGUGUAAUCGCUCUCUAGUUUGUUGAAGGCAAUCACGUGAUCAACCGAAAGAUCCCGCCAAUUUAAUGUCCUACUCUUUCUGCUGUGCCGCAAGAAUUAUUUUCUACAAAAAUUUGUUUUGAUGUAUAUCAUCAUGCAGCGUAAUCGAUUCCUACGACUGUCAGAUUUAUACUUGCGUACGUGGCGUACGAUUCGAUGCGCGAGAGACAAUCCAAGAUUGCGGAAAGAGGAAGAAAGAGAAUUUGCAUCUACUGAAGGAAGGAAUGCGCGGUCGGCGCAGCUGCAACGAGUCAGUCGCUCAUCUUCAAGUUCUUUCUUCUAGAAAGUUCUUUUCACGCUGAGAACGUCUGCCUUGCGCAGCUUCGACCAUUAGGGGAAGCCUUCCAGCGAUUGACGCGAAGAACAUUUCUUUUCCAAGGGGAAAAAGACACGGAGCAGUGUCUUUGAAUUUGGAUCCUCUCACCGUCGCCUUUUCGCCCUCGAUUCUCGCUUUUCUUCGCUGCAAAGAUCAACAUGUGCAGUGUGUAUACAACUCCGCUGUUGUACAUGUAAUAUCGAGUGCCGAGUGAAUUUUCGUGCAAAAUUGCCGUGUUUUUCCCGUCGUUCGAAACAAUAAUAAAAUGCGCGUUGAGUGUAAGUAAUUUACGUCGGGAGUGCCGUACAAAGUGCCGUGCGAUUGUUAUUCGUUGUUAUGCGCGAUCGUAAUUAGUCGUGUUUUCGCGAGCGUUGUGUGUGAGUGUUCAAAUGUACGAGCAGCAAAGAUGACCAACAAUAGGAGUGGAGGAGGAGGCCAGAGGAGGCAUCAGGCAAUAGCGGGGCAACCGUGAGAUCAACAUGUAACUACAACUCCGCUGCUGCACGUCAUACCGAUACCAAAAUGGACGCCGAGGCAGCGUUGUUGGAAAAUUCGCCGACUUUGUCGACGAUCUCGUCGGAUUCCACGGAUGCGACGUAUUCCGGACCCGGCUCGCCCUAUUCCCCGGAAUCGCCGAUCAUUGUCACGUCCUCCUAUAAAAAAAGCGACGAUGGGGUCACGCCUAGACCAACGCCCAGGUAUCCAUCCAGGAAGCCGAGCUUCCGGAUACGACCGCCCUACCUCAUGAUCUGCAUCAGCAUCAUCGAGAUAACCGUCCACUGUCUGGGAGACGAGGCGACGUUACGGAGAUGGCUGGUCUACGAUCCCCGUCAGAGGGUGCAGGGCUGGAGGUUCGCCUCCUACAUGCUAUUGCACUCGAACGCACUUCACCUCGCACUCAACGUGGUCAUUCAGCUGGUCCUGGCCACUCCACUCGAGGUGGAACAAGGACGAAUAGGAGUAGCGACAAUCUAUCUGGGUGGUGGAGUUUGCGGCGCCUUGGGUGCGUCGCUUUUGCAACCCAGUCUUUACUUGGUCGGCGCUUCGGCAGGCGUUUACGCACUGCUCACGAGUCAUCUUGCUCACCUUUAUCUGUGCCACGGCGAGCUGCGCUACGCCGGCUGGCGUCUCGGCGCCGUGUUGCUGCUGGCCGGCGCCGACGUCGCGUCGCUUCCGAUCCCGGCGUUGCUCGGAUGCGGCCGGGUCGGCUGGGCGGCGCACGUCGCCGGCGCGCUGGCGGGUCCACUUCUGGGCCUGGCCGUGUUCCCGAAUCAGAGCAAGAAGGACGCCCGGGGCCGCAGAUUCGUGCGAUACGCGCGGCUGCUGUCAGCCGUGAGCGUGAUGCUACUGAUCGUCGGCGCCGUCCUCGGCAACGUCUACCUGAUCGCCCUGCCGCAGCUCAGGAAGCCGUCCUGACAGAGGAUCGAGAUGCUCGUCAAGCUCUGCAGGCGGUCCUUCCUGAUCGUCAAGAUCCGAGAGGCCGCCGAGAGCGUGUUCGAGUAGAGGCUCUCGCGACGAUCGGGAGAAGAAAAGGAUCUUUUGGGAUCGGAGCAUCGAGCAUCUGCCAGGUGAAUCUUUCGAAUCUCGUAAAGGUUUUGGGCUCUCAUGCAAUCAAAUCUCGUCGUCUAUUAUGGGAAAAACGCGAUCGCGCGCGAAGGUUUUUACUCCGGGAAGGGCAUCGCAUGAUCGAUACGGCGAGAUGCUUCUAAAGAGACUUUUGAGUGAAAAUUCACGUUCAAGAAGUUGACGAAAGAGAUGAGAGGAAAAUACAUAUAAUACCGAAGAUCGACGAAAUUCGUCGAACUUGUUCAUGUCACUCGCUGCCAUUUAAGAUCUCCAGACUCUCUUGUGGAGUUGCACGAUGGAAUGCGCGGUAGAAUGAUGAAAUACACUUGGAAGUGGAUAUAAAAUUGUGACUCUUCGCGUACUUUGAUAAAUUUGAUAUUACAGAGACUUUACGGGGAUAAACGUUGCGACUUUUUUACGGACUGGUCUUAAGACGUUUAAAACUGCCGAUUGCAACAUUUCGAAUUGUACAUGAGUAAUAUUUAACGAUACGCGAUUCGUAAAUCAUUUCUCGUUAAUCGUGUCAAUCUCGCUGUAUUGGCGAAAAAAGAGACUUAUGAAAGUGUGACGUGUGUGUCAUAAUAGAAAUAAGAAAAAUUAUUAAUAUACAACUUAAGGUGGUCGAAAACGAUGUGCAUUGACGCAGGUAAGUUGAGUUCAGCGAUGAAGGAAUGAACGCGCAAUUUUAUUAAUGUGAAAAGUGAAUUUAUUUAAAUAAAGAUAGGGAAACACAGGAUAUAUUGUUAUGGUUCGCGUGGUAAGAAUCACGAUUUCGAGUAUAUUAAUGCUAGUACAUCGUUGGCAAUGUUGAGAGGACAAUGGGGGAGGAUACCUUCACCCUUUCUAUUAUUCAUAUUAACGAUUUAGCGUGUAUGAGAUUAUGUAAGAAGGUGUAUAAAAAAAAAUAAAGCGAUCACACACACACACACAAUAUUAUUAACGUAAACGUGUUAUGAUAUAACGAAGAUUUUAAUAAUGGCAAGAUUAAUGUAUCGAUCGUUAAUAAAGGAAAGUUUAAUAACAAUGCGACUGACUUCGACGCGAAACUACGUAAAUUUCGAGAAUGAACCAAGUUUCGCUGUUGUAGAGAUAUGACACCGUAAUCUUGAAUGAUCAUCUUUUGACGUUAUCAGAGUUAAUGUAGAGCGAGAGGGUAAAACGGGAUGUUGCAAAAUAAAUUUCUUCACAUUAAA